AUGAGCGGCGGACGGAUGGAGAUUCCGUUGGACCAAACCUGGGCGGGCACCCACACUAGCGGCAUUGCCCGCUCUCCGCGGCUAGGGGGCGGUGUGGGUUUACUGCUGAGCCACGGUCUGCUCCCGUGUUGUCUUGGUCAGUCUCGUUACCGCAGGGGGCGGAGGCGGAAGAAUGGGGCCGCGAAGGGACGGGGAGAGGCCGCCUGGCCCGAACCCAGCCCGCUGCUGAAUGUCACCGUGAAAUGUCAGGAUCCCGUUUCAGAGGCGCUGCAACGAAUUAGGAAUACCGACCAGCGUUGUCACUGCACGCACGCCGAUGCAAAGCUCAACAUGGGCCAGGUGUUCUCGUCGGAGGGCGCGCGUCCUCACGUGAGGGAUGAAGUCGGUUCCGUCCUCUACGAGGCCAUGUUGGAAGGCGGCGCCGUACCUGACCUGGGAGUCGUCCACCCUCUCCUCCUGGCCAGUCACGAUGAGUGUUUUGACCCGCGGUCCCGCCUCCAGGAACAACUGCAGCAGCUGCAGGGCAGCAUUGGGAACCGGGCGCCCACCUACCUGAAGGAUCUGAUCGGCCGACUGGCGACCUUCGCGGAUGAGCCGCGCCUGGCCGGCCUGGUGGGAUCGGUGGUUACUAUGGUGAUGGACAUGGCCUAUACCUCGUCAAAGCAGUCAGCGGGGGCGAAAGGGAAGUCAGCGGGAUCAUCGUCAUGCCAACAGAGAGUCUGGGAGCUCCAGGAGGUGAUGGAGGAGUACCUGAAACGCUGUAGAAUCAACCUGAGUGACAAAAACAGGCUGAUCCAGGACUCCGUCCGACUCGAGGCCCAGCUCAGCCUCACCCUCACUCAGCUGAAGACCUGUAUGCUGGGGGGAGACUGCGAUUCCAGGUCUCUGAGGCACUGGGCCAGUGGGGCGGCAUUUCACACCCAGAUGUUGGCUCACCUGGCUGUACUUGAGGGUGAGGUUGAACCCCUGGCUGCGAGGGCAGCACUGGAGCAGUACAAGGAAGACCUCGCACAGAUCAUACCCGCUUACAGGCGAUAUAAGUCUAAUACAGUGUGUGUCGUGAAAUGUCGUGGGGGUCUUCCAGCAUCGCACGACCCCCUGCCAGAGCAGGGAUCCAUGACGGGACUCACUGUGACAGACAGAGAGACAGGAAAGAGCGUGACCCUCUCUCUGUCCACCUUGGAGUCAGAGACAGGGAGAAGAAGGAAAGAUGCUGGGCCUGAUAACACCCUUGUUUCCUCCUCCAUUAACCUGGACCUGAUCACCUCAGAUCAGUACGCCCAGGCAUAUCUGGGGCAUCUGUUCUCUUAUAAAGGACCCGUGGCAAAGCUGGAGAACUACUUUACCGAGGCUGGUGACAAUCUGCGAACGCUAAGACCUAAUCUAGGAUGUACCAACAAGACAGGAGUGAGCAAAGGGAUCGAACCAAGUGACGGAGUGCAUCGUAGUGACCGGGCAGAGGGAGAAAGUGUAGAGCAAAGAGUGGACAAGGGCAAAGGGGAUAAACAGGACAAGAUGGAAAGGAGAAGAAGGCAAGAAGAGACGGAGGAAUGCAGUCACAGAGAUGAAAGGAUGAAACUGAGUAUUGUAGAGACGCAGCCGGAGGAAAGCCUUGAUCACAGUCUUCCCAGUGCACCAAGUACGCAAAAGGAAUGACUGGACGGCAGCCACAUCAUAAGAUUUCAAUUCUCUGCUGAAGAGAAUCAAAAAGUGUAACUCGGAAACAUAAACAAUUUAAGCAAUCUUGUUUGUAAUUUGUUCAGGGAGCUUAACACUGAUCGCUGGAUAGAGGGUGAAUGGCCGGUUUUCUGCUUUGUCUGCAAUGCUUUACACUGCAAAAGUGACAUCAGCCCUGGCCAAAUAUGAACCCAAAUAACUCUGGAUUUCAAGGUAAUUUUAAUGAUAAGUCCGUCAAUUUUGGUAAAUCUUUGCAGGAAGUAAGAAAAGUUCUUGAUUGUCCACUAAACUGAAUUCUCGGGUACUGAAAGUGUGUUUCACUCAUUUUCACCAGGAUACUUUUCCCCUGUUUGUGUUAUUUGCUCAAUGCCAAAAUACAAAGCAACAUGUAAAAUAAAUAAAUAAAUAAAUAAAUCACGGAGCAAUUUUAACAAGAAUCCUACAGAUAUAACAGAUGUAUCAGCUGAACCAAAACAGCCAAGAGGCUUAUCGUGUGGCUCCGCCUUAACAAGUACACAUCAAAUCUCAAGGAGCAAAAUUGCCUGAUUGUUGUCUGUAGCUAUCAUGUACGAACCCAAGAUUACUUUACUGUGAGAGCAAAUUCACCAUAUAGUAAAAGGGUACUUGCAGUUAUCAAUGAAUAAUUUCUUACAAAAGCUCCAGUGAAACGUUUACUAAAUUAGGGGUAAUUGAAUUCCAGAUGCUGGGACCUUGGUAGGACAUUUUCAAUGGGGCACUGAUCAUCGAAGCAGCAAACAGAGCGAAAUCAAAUGUUAAACUAAUUAAUCCAUUGCAGACCUUGGACCACCAUAUUGUACAGUAAAUACAAGCAAGUAAUGUUGAUAAACCAGGCGAAAAAACUGACAUACGUGGUCGAAGUGCACUGUCGGUAUGUGGUGCAAAUAUUCCCUCUAAGCACAUUAGCAACAUCGCUGCCUUGCCUUGAACAUGGAUACAGAAAGUGAUGGUCUCAGUGGCACUAAAGAGACUAAUCUACAGUAUGGAGGUGGAAAAAAAAAAAUCCCCCUCUGCACUCACCACAGCCUCUGGCAGAGAUGAAUAUGUGCAAAUCCUAUUCAUUUUCCACAGAGGUUUCCUUUAAAACCGACAUCAUAUUUAAUGAUGUGAAUUUUGAGGUCUGUAGUCACAGCGGAACCAUGGCAAAACACAUCUCUAUGGUUGUGAGUCGCUACCGCGUAAUAGGUUUUUUUUUUAACGUUCUGGGCCCGCUCAAGCAUCAGUGUAGCUUCUAAGUGUGAACUUCAAUUAGUAAUAAUUUAGACAUAUUUAUGUUAAUAUUCUGCGUCAGUUGAUUUAAUGUAGUUGGUGGAAAGAUGGGCUCAAAUCACACGGCUGUGACACUCUUUUGGUCCCAAACUCCUGUGGAAAGGUCACAAGCACAGCAACCUGUCCACCUCCUGCCCGAGACCAUUUUCCCCAUGUGUGUGUGAGGAAAUUGCAAGCCCAAAAAGGGGGACAUUUUGAGGGACGUUCACGGGAGGGAUGGCGCUUUUCCUUGAGUUGUCUCUCACUCGGAAAGGCUGAAAAGAUGUUUUCUCUCUCGGUAUUAUGGUGUGC